ACCGCUCGCGUGUGCGUGCGCGCGCUGGAUCUGGCGCGAGCUGGUCCAGCACCGCGGCGGCGACAGCGGUCGCACGUUAAACAUCAGCCACCCAUGCGUGUUAUUCUGCGGACUGGGGACUCGUGAGAUUUGAGCUGUGCGGGCUUGACCCGACAGAUGGGAGGGCGCUCGAGCUCCACCGUUUUCACGCACGGCACGCACGUCGACCCGGUGAAAUCGUCACGCUGAUAGAAUCUGUGGAAUCUGUCGCGAGUGUUCCUGCGCGCGCGGUCGGAGAGCAUCCCGACAGAGAGCGAGGUCCGGUCGGUCGGUCUGUAGUCGGUGUGGGUCCGCGGAAGGCUUUAGCGUGCAGGGGAGCUGCAGAGGGACUUGCGCUGGACUCCUUGGCCGAAUCAGAGCAUCCCAUUCCCGGCAGCAUCCAUCCCUCCGCGCCUCAGCUCCAGCGGGAGGCCGGGAGCGGCGGCAGGAUGUAGCAGCGGAUUAACGGAGGAGAGAGGGGCGCUCAGAGGAAGAGAGCGGGACCGAGGCGGGACGGAGGGGACAUGGGGAAGGACCAGGAGCUGCUCCAGGCCGUGAAGACCGAAGACCUGCUGACAGCUCAGCGGCUUCUACAGAGACCACGGCCAGGGAAAGCCAAGCUUCUCGGAGCAGCAAAGCGGGUGAACGUCAACAUCCAGGAUGCAGAUGGGCUGUCGCCGCUGCAUCAUGCUGCUCUGAGUGGCAACAAGGAGAUGAUCUCUCUGCUGUUGGAGGCCCAGGCAGCAGUGGAUAUCAAAGACCAUAAAGGAAUGCGUCCCCUGCAUUAUGCUGCAUGGCAGGGGAAGACUGAGCCUAUGAAAAUGCUGCUGAAGGCAGGCUCGUCAGUCAACGGACAGUCAGAUGAAGGACAGAUCCCGCUCCACCUGUCAGCUCAGCAUGGACACUAUGAUGGGUCGGAGAUGUUGCUGCAGCACCAGUCCAACCCGUGCAUCUCAGACACAGCUGGGAAAACUCCACUGGACCUCGCUUGUGAAUUUGGACGUGUUGGAGUGGUCCAGCUCCUGCUCAGCAGUAACAUGUGUGCAGCCAUGCUGGAACCAAAACCCUCCGACCCCAACGGAGUGUCACCUUUGCAUCUGGCUGCCAAGAACGGACACAUCGAAGUGAUACGGUUGCUGAUUCAGGCUGGAAUAGAUAUCAACAGACAGUCCGAGUCUGGCACAGCACUACAUCAGGCUGCCCUCUGUGGGAAGACGGAGGUAGUACGCCUGCUGCUGGAUAGCGGCAUCAGUGCAGGAGUGAGAAACACUCUGAGUCAGACUGCCCUGGACAUCGUUAACCAGUUCACUACCACGCAGGCCAGCCGGGAGAUCAAACAGUUACUGAGAGAUGCCUCAGCUGCAAUGCAGGUGCGAGCACUAAAGGAUUACUGCAACAACUAUGACCUUACCAGCCUCAACAUCAAAGCUGGCGACAUCAUCACGGUUUUAGAGCAGCACUCUGAUGGCCGAUGGAAAGGCUGUAUUCAUGACAACCGGACAGGAAAUGACCGUGUGGGCUACUUCCCCUCCAACAUGGUGGAAGUCAUCAAGAGGGCAGGUUCACGAGCUGCAGAGCUGAGUCCUCAGGGCUCUCCCACUUUGGGACAGCAGAGCAGCACCAGUGAGGACAUCUGGGUGCUGCGCAAACCGCUGGCAGGUGGCGAGCGCAGCGGCAGCGUCGGCAGCCUCGGCAGUGUUCGGUCAUCGAGCAGCUUGCAGGGCUCUGGAAACACGCAUGUUUUGACCACUCCUGCACCCAGUCCCCACCCCGCACCCACGCCAGGGGUCAACACCCACGGCCUUAAUGCUCCCGGCCUGCAUGCACAAGCAGAAGGAGUCAAGCUCCUGGCCACUGUGCUGUCUCAGUCGGUAAAAGCCAAGGAGCAUCUCUUGGAGCAGUCGCAGUCUGUGGAGCAGUCAGCAAGCUCUUCCAGCAGCACGGUUCACGAGCAGCGCUCGUUUGAACGGAAGGCCGAAGAGGAUGAUGGGAAAAAGCAGGCAGUAGUGGCGUGGCUGGGUGAGUUUCAGCUGCAGUUCUACACCACCCACUUCCUCACCGCGGGAUAUGAUCUAGACACCAUUAGCCGCAUGACCCCUGAGGAUCUGACGGCAAUUGGGGUCAUGAAGCCCGGACAUCGAAAGAAGUUAAUAUCAGAGAUCAGCAAGCUGCCCUCCACAGACUGGCUGCCCGACCACAAGCCUGCUAAUCUGGCAGACUGGCUGUCUCACCUGGGCCUUAGUCAGUACUACCAGGUACUCGUGCAGAAUGGUUAUGAGAACAUUGACUUUGUCUCGGACAUCAGCCUUGAAGAUCUGCGAGAGAUUGGCAUCACUAAGCUCGGUCAUCAGAAGAAGAUAAUGUUGGGAGUGAAGCGGCUGAAGGAGCUUCAGAGAGGAGAAAGUGGCUCCGAGCCUCCUCAGAGCCCCUCUACACCUCCAUCCAGCCCAGGCGGCAGCACUACAUCAGAGCUGCGGAAAGAGGCGAGGAAGCAGAGGGACGGGGUGCCCAGCCCUCGGGCCAAACCUCGCCCAGGUCUCGCACAUACACAGACCCCUCCCCACACACCGACUCAAACCCCACCGCAAACGCCCCCGCACACUCGGACCCAGCAGGCUUCCCCCAGGGCUCGGCCGCGGCCAUCCACCCAGCAGUCGACAGCAGACUCGGCAGUACCUCUGUUGAGGCUGCCCAACGUGGAGGAAGAGCGACGGAGAACUCACAGUCUAAUUGGCUCAGAAUCAGACUCUAGAUAUGCCACCGUGUGCCGCAGCAGCUCUUCACAUACCGCUGCCGCUAAUGAUGUCACUGUUAACCGCAGCCAAUCAUCUGUUACCCUUCGCCCCCGUAGGAAAGGUCGGCCCCCAACACCUCCUAAACGGUCCUGUUCUUCCAUUACCGGGGGUGACGGGGAGGGCGAGGGGCAGGUGGAGGGACUGCUCGGGCUGCCAACCUAUCGAGAGCGGCGAGCUAGUGACUGUGGCAGCCUGGGAGCUGCUUUAAGGGCUCAGGAGUCAGCAGGCUUGGAGAGGUCAGACGGAGCUUCUGGGAGUGUUCGCAGCCUCGCGGCCAUGCUGGAAACAUCCAUCGUGAGUGGAACCAAAACGCUGCCGAAGAAUCUGGGAAGCAGCACGAACUACCUGCAGGCGAGUCCGCCGCUUCUUCGUCGCCAGGCAGGCGCAGGAGGUCUCGCAUCUGAAGAAGAUGAUGUUUUAAAUCGCCGCAGGACCAUCAGUGGACCCGAAGGCCUCCCUGGAGAUCAGUCUGACCAAUUACCUCAGCAACCGGUCCCGCGACGCCCCGAGCCUCGGCCCCGCUCCACCGUGCUCACCUCAGCAUCAGAGAUCACAGACGGCACAGCGACGCUCCGGAGGAAGCCGCGUCCUGUGGCCGCGGACUCUGAAGCUCCUGCAUCUGUGUCUACCACGGUUGUUACCACGACUACUGGCUCUGACACCAUACGCAGGAGGCCACGCACGACUGAGCACACGGAGCAUCUCAUUCAAAGCAAUAACCAAUCAGAUUCUCCUAUCAGUCAAAUAGAUAGCUGCCGUAAAAUUGAAAGCGAGCCGCAGCAGAACGGCGGCGUGAUCCUGAGGCGGAGGCCGGUGUCUGAGAUCUCCGAGAGGACGGAGACCAACAAGGAGAGCUGUGAGUGGAUGGAAGCUAGGAAGUCUCUGAAGCCACCAGUUUCACCCAAACCAUCCACUGUCACCCUGAAGAAGCCGCAAGCUGACCCCCCGACUCCGACUCGUAGGGUCCCCAUACCCGGGCCUGACACUGCUGAGCUGGCCCAGAGUCCCGAGUCGAAGCGUGUCCCUCCCCCCGUGUCCCCGAAGCCGCGUGGGCCUCCGACAGCACCUAAACCUGGCAAAGCAAUAGUAGCUUCAGCAACCAUGAGCCCGAGCCCCGCCGCUACCAGCCCGGCUGCAGCCAGCCCCACCCCGGCCCCCAAACCCUCCUCUCCGCUCUCUGCCGCCCCUCUUCCAGCCCCCGACACCCCCUCCGCUCCCUGCCUCUCACCCGGGCUCCCUCUCACUUCCCCUUCUCCAGCCCAGAGUCCGUCCACUCCCUCACCGCACCCCGUCAAACCUCCACGCUCCUCGAUCACCGGUCUCUCCAUCGACCUGUUGGGCUUGCGGGAAGUGGAGGAGGAAGAGGAUAGGAGGCGAGAUGAAGAGGAAAGGAGGAGAGAGCGAGAGCACAGGAGGCACAAAGAGCAGGAAGAGGAGAGAAGCAGAGCCGAGGACGGGGCUUUGAAGGAGCUGGAGAGGAAGUCCUCAAAGAGCGACAGUGUGGAGAAUCGAGCAGGGGAAGGAGAGCAGGAGGGAGAGGUUCAGCAUCGGCUGGAGGAGACCAGCGCCUCUUUGGCUGCAGCUCUGGAGGCUGUGGAGCAUCAGAUCAAAGAGGAGGACACACAAAAUGACUCUCUCUCCGGAAAAAAAGCAACAGUCUCCAUCUUGGACGACAUUGGCAGCAUGUUUGACGACUUGGCAGACCAACUGGAUGCGAUGCUGGACUGAUCUGCUGCACGCAUCUCAUUUUCCUACAAGCCCUUUCCCUCGCCUCCCCCCUCAUCAUGCGUAGGUGUAAGAAAACU